GUCUGCGCGUGUCUCGCGCCGGGGGCGCGGGAGGGAGCGGCGGAGAGAAGCGGCGGGAGCGGAGCGGAGCCGAGCGGAGCUGAACGCACCGGGCGCGGCCACCGCCACCGCCACCCGUCCCCUGCCGUCCCCUCCCCGCGGGCUGACAGGCAGAUAUGGUCCUGAACAUCGUGAGCACGUGACUUCAAAAAUGGACAACCUGAUCUGUUACAAGUUGUGAUUGGCCUUAAGUUGACUUCUAACCAUUGAAGAGCUUAACAGGAAUUCUCUCAUUCCUGAUUUUUGCCUAUCACUGAUUGCCUCACACCACCAGCUUAAUCAUGUAUGGAAGUGCUCGUUCYGUGGGCAAGGUGGAGCCGAGCACCCAGAGCCCAGGGCGUUCACCGAGGCUGCCGCGGUCACCUCGCUUGGGCCAUCGUCGAACCAACAGCACAGGAGGCAGCUCUGGGAGUAGUACUGGGGGUGGCAGUGGGAAAACCCUUUCUAUGGAAAAUAUUCAGUCCUUAAAUGCUGCCUAUGCUACGUCUGGCCCUAUGUACCUAAGUGACCAUGAGAACGUGGGUGCGGACACCCCAAAAAGCACCAUGACUUUGGGCCGGUCGGGGGGACGGCUGCCUUACGGUGUCCGGAUGACUGCGAUGGGCAGCAGCCCUAACAUUGCCAGUAGUGGAGUUGCCAGUGAUACGAUUGCGUUUGGAGAGCACCAUCUCCCKCCAGUGAGCAUGGCAUCCACUGUGCCUCACUCGCUGCGCCAGGCCAGGGAUAACACCAUCAUGGAUCUGCAGACGCAACUCAAAGAAGUGCUGAGGGAAAAYGAUCUGCUUCGCAAGGAUGUGGAGGUGAAAGAAAGCAAGCUGAGUUCUUCCAUGAACAGCAUCAAGACCUUCUGGAGUCCUGAGCUAAAAAAGGAGAGAGCUCUGAGGAAAGAUGAAGCUUCAAAAAUCACCAUUUGGAAGGAGCAAUACAGAGUUUUGCAAGAAGAAAACCAGCAUAUGCAGAUGACUAUCCAGGCUCUCCAAGACGAGCUCCGGAUCCAGCGGGACCUGAACCAGUUAUUUCAGCAGGACAGCAGCACUAGAACCAGUGAGCCCUUCGUGGCAGAGCUGACUGAGGAAAACUUCCAGCGACUGCACGCGGAGCACGAGCGCCAGGCCAAGGAACUGUUCCUGCUACGGAAAACCUUGGAGGAGAUGGAACUGCGUAUUGAGACRCAGAAACAGACCUUAAACGCACGGGAUGAGUCCAUCAAAAAGCUGCUGGAGAUGCUGCAGAGUAAAGGUCUGUCAGCAAAAGCCACUGAGGAAGACCAUGAGCGCACACGGCGGUUGGCUGAGGCAGAGAUGCACGUGCACCACCUGGAAAGCCUUCUCGAACAGAAGGAAAAAGAAAACAACAUGCUGAGAGAGGAAAUCCAUCGUCGAUUUGAGAAYGCUCCUGACACGGCCAAGACAAAGGCUCUACAAACUGUUAUUGAGAUGAAGGAUUCCAAAAUUUCUUCCAUGGAGCGUGGYCUCCGGGAUUUGGAAGAGGAGAUUCAGAUGCUGAAGUCAAAYGGAGCUCUGAGCACAGAGGAACGUGAGGAGGAAAUGAAGCAAAUGGAGGUGUACCGUAGUCAUUCCAAAUUCAUGAAAAAUAAGGUAGAGCAACUGAAGGAAGAGCUAAGUGCUAAAGAGGCUCAAGGGGAGGACCUGAAAAAAAGAGUGGCUGGUCUCCAGACCGAGAUCGGGCAGGUGAAACAGGAGCUGUCACGCAAAGACACCGAGCUGCUGGCCUUGCAGACCAAGCUGGAAACCCUCACAAAUCAGUUCUCUGACAGCAAGCAACACAUUGAAGUCCUGAAAGAGUCACUUACAGCUAAAGAGCAGAGAGCUGCCAUCCUGCAGACAGAGGUGGAUGCGUUACGGUUACGUCUGGAAGAGAAGGAGACCAUGCUGAAUAAGAAGACAAAGCAGAUUCAGGAGAUGGCAGAGGAGAAGGGGACUCAGGCAGGCGAGAUCCACGACCUCAAGGACAUGCUAGAGGUGAAGGAACGCAAAGUUAAUGUUCUUCAGAAGAAGAUUGAAAACCUUCAAGAGCAGCUGAGAGACAAGGAGAAGCAGAUGAGCAGCUUGAARGACCGAGUGAAAUCCUUGCAGGCGGACACCACCAACACUGACACUGCCUUGACCACGCUGGAAGAAGCGCUUGCAGAAAAAGAAAAGACCAUUGARCGUUUAAAGGAGCAGCGUGACAGAGAUGAACGAGAAAAGCAGGAAGAGAUCGACAACUACAAGAAAGACAUUAAGGACCUGAAAGAGAGAGUCAGCAUUUUACAAGGGGAUCUCACUGAGAAAGAGACGUCAUUACUGGAUCUUAAGGAACAUGCUUCAUCAUUAGCUUCAUCGGGACUGAAGAAAGAUUCAAGACUCAAGACACUGGAAAUUGCAUUAGAACAGAAAAAAGAAGAAUGUUUGAAGAUGGAAACUCAGUUGAAAAAGGCUCAUGAGGCRAUGCUGGAGGCAAGGGCCAGUCCAGAGCUGAGUGACCGCAUGCAGCAGCUGGAAAGAGAGGUAACACGGUAUCGGGAAGAAUCUGGCAAGGCUCAGGCUGAAGUGGAUCGUCUUCUGGAGAUCUUGAAAGAGAUGGAAAAUGAGAAGAAUGAUAAGGAUAAGAAGAUAGCAGAACUAGAAAGGCAAGUUAAAGAUCAAAAUAAGAAAGUAGCAAAUCUGAAGCACAAAGAACAAGUGGAGAAAAAGAAGAGUGCACAGAUGCUGGAGGAGGCCAGGAGACGAGAGGAUAACCUUAAUGACAGCUCCCAACAGCUUCAGGACAAUCUGCGUAAAAAGGAUGAUCGGAUUGAAGAAUUGGAAGAGGCUCUCAGAGAAAGUGUUCAGAUAACUGCAGAGCGGGAAAUGGUGCUAGCACAAGAGGAGUCAGCCAGGAUCAAUGCUGAGAAACAGGUAGAAGAGCUGAUGAUGGCCAUGGAGAAGGUCAAACAGGAGCUGGAGUCAAUGAAAGCAAAAUUGUCCUCUACACAACAGUCUUUGGCUGAGAAGGAAACCCAUUUGACCAACCUACGAGCUGAAAGAAGGAAACAUUUGGAGGAGGUCCUGGAAAUGAAACAAGAAGCCCUUCUUGCUGCCAUUAGUGAAAAAGAUGCCAAUAUUGCUCUACUAGAGCUUUCAUCCUCUAAGAAGAAGACUCAGGAUGAAGUGGCUGCGCUGAAACGAGAGAAAGACCGUCUUGUGCAACAGCUCAAGCAGCAGACUCAGAACCGUAUGAAGCUGAUGGCUGACAACUAUGAGGAUGACCACCUCAAAUCCUCAUCCCAUUCCAACCAAACCAACCACAAGCCCUCCCCUGACCAGAUAAUUCAGCCCCUCUUAGAACUUGACCAGAACCGCAGCAAGUUGAAGUUGUACAUCGGCCAUCUGACAGCCCUGUGCCACGACCGCGACCCCCUGAUUCUGCGUGGACUCACCCCGCCUGCUUCCUACCACCUGGAUGAUGACCAGGCAGCUUGGGAGAAGGAGCUGCAGAAGAUGACCCAGGAGCAGCUUCACAAGGAGCUGGAGAAGGGGGAGAAGGAGAGCGCGGAGCUGCAGGAGUUCGCCAAUGCCAUCCUCCAGCAGAUAGCAGAUCACUGCCCUGACAUCCUGGAGCAGGUGGUCAAUGCCCUCGAGGAGUCGUCAUGACCUCGGCCACCAGUCCCACGGAGCAGCACACCAGUGGCCAAGCCCAGUCAGUCCACGGAGCCAUGGGAGCAGAGAGCAAUGUGAAAGACAGAAAAUGGAACAGAAACUUCUGGUGCACAUUUUACAAAGAAAACAAAGGCAAAAAAAAAAAACCCAAACCCUCUACAAACAACAUGCUCUCUCUAGAUUCUUCCAGUCUAAGAUUAAUCAGUCAUUUUUGUAUUCAUCUUCUCACUGCCUUUCUACUUUAAAAUCCAAUUCCCCAUUGACUUUGUUGGUGGUGACUUUUGGAUACAGCUAAGCAGAGCUCUUCCAAGUCUACUGAGCAAAGAAGAGGGGAUGCAAUGAACAGAAGCAGCUCUAGUUCUCCGGGAAGUUGCAGAAGAGUAGCCCUUGCCUUUCAUUCAUAUAUUGCUUUUUUCCUUCUCUCCUUCUUAUCUUCUUUCCUUCCUCUUAUUUUUUAUUUUCUUGAAAGCUGAAAGCCUGAAUUUCAUAGUGCUAAAACCAAACCUGAGUGUGCUCUGAUCAUGGCUCAUGGCUGGCCAGCAUCUGCUAGCUCAGGUUUUGCUGCCUGUCUCAAUGUUUCUUAUGUUCUUAAAUAACAGAAAGAGGAAAGGAAAGUUUCUUUA